UCAAAAACAACUCUUUAGUCAGUCAGAUGUCUAAAGCCGUGACAGCCUCCAACAGCUCUGUGGAGCCAACCGGCUGCCCGUACGAACAGACCUGGUGCCAGUACACGCCUGCCAUCAGCCUGGCCCAGUACAUCUCAUCUGACUUCCUCAUCGGGGUGGGAUACCCAGCCUGCAACGUGAUGUCCUACACACUGUAUUCCAAAAUCCUCGGCCCCAAACCUCAGUGUUCUGUGCUUUUAUUACAGUGCUACACUAAGUGGAUCUGAGAAAACUUUAUUUAUAUAGCACCUUUAAAAACAGAGUUUACAAAGUGCUUUGACAAACAAGGCAAAGCAAACAUUAAUGCCGAAACAAGGCCAGACAAAAUUUAAAGUAGAAUUACACAACAGGGAAACAAUUACAAAAAAAUAAC